AGCAGACAGCAGACUACGUUUUUUAACAAUAUACUCUUGACAAUGCUUCUGAAUUUUUAGCUGUAGUUUUUCUUUUUAUUGAAGAUUCGAACUGUGAGUACAGUGUCUAGAGUAGUGAAUGCGUGAUGAAUAAUUUUAUAUGACACAUAUUAUUUGAACCUGGAUGCUGAUCGCCCCGAUAUUAUUAAUGUCCAAAAAACAACCUGAACUAUCCUCAGCUAACCUCAAUCUUACCUGACCUGUCCUAUCUUGUUUGGAUUUGAUCUCAUCGACUAGACAUAAUAAUCCGAUUUUUAGAACAGUUUUUGAAACUCGAAGAAAGUUAGGUUUCAUGGAUUCCGAAGCUUGUGUAAUCUGUUUUAAACACUGCUGUUCGAGAGCUAUAUUCUGUAAACAAGUACCAGAUGAUUGUCCUCUCUGCAACUCAGCGAUAGCUGAUUAUGAAUUAGAACCUUUUAGAUUACCAUAUCCCUUUACUAAGGCAAAAGAAUCCCCAGUUACAGUCGUAAUAAGACCAUCGAUUGGGAAUUUUUUGAAUGAUUAUAAUGUCACUGAUGACUUACAUAUAGGAAUUGUAGAUUCUGAAGGUUUUGUAUGGGAGUUUGAUACCCCUGGGUUAAUAAAAGACGAUUUUUUAAAUUGGGAAAACUGCUUGGCAUUUAAAAUUGUUCCUCAGUCCUGGACAGACCACUGGGAUCAGAUUUUGAGAAGGACUUGUAACAAUAGAAAAUGGUCAUCGAUAAACUAUAGGGAAGAUACAUUAAACUGCUUUGAUUUUGUACUCGAAUUUCUAAAGGCAUUAAAAUUUGAAGACCUAGUGUUCUUUAGUAAAGAAGAAUUCUGCCAACAAUUUAUUAUUCCAAAAAUUCAAGAUGCUCUGAAGUUUAUCACUAUCUACAGAAAGCUCAGAGAUGCUGAUUACUUUGUAGCUAGCUAAUAGUAUUAGUGUUACAAAUUUUGUAACUCUGAAGAAUUAUCUGGGAAGGAGGGCCUUUUUUAUAAUCACUAUGGGAACUAAUCUCUACCUUAUUCUGAUAUUCCAGAGAUCUCCCAAAAGAUCCCUUCAAUUUUCACUACCCUGAAUUAAGUUCUGCUAAUAGACUCUUGCAAACUACAAAUAGUGAAUCUGUGGCAAGAAAUCAAUGGACAAUGUCUAUUUCUCAG